UUGGCCGCCGCCAGCAGCUGGAAAGGAUGCGUCUGCCAUAUCGUAAUAAGAAAAUCACCCUUUGGGUGCUUUUUGGCAUAAUUGUCGUCACAAUGUUCCUAUUCAAAUUCACCGAGCUGCGCCCCACCUGUCUCUUCAAGCUGGACCCCACAAACGAUUUGCCAUCACAAAUGGUGCGUAUACAGAAAUACGUCACAGAUGACAAUCAACGCUCCUAUUCAUACAACCGUGAGAUGCCAUUAAUAUUCAUAGGUGGCGUGCCCAGGUCUGGCACGACAUUAAUGCGCGCCAUGUUGGAUGCUCAUCCCGAUGUGCGCUGCGGGCAGGAGACGCGCGUCAUUCCGCGCAUUCUGCAGCUGCGCUCGCACUGGCUGAAGUCCGAAAAGGAAUCGCUGCGCCUGCAGGAGGCGGGCAUCACCAAGGAGGUCAUGAACAGUGCCAUCGCGCAAUUCUGCUUGGAAAUCAUUGCGAAGCAUGGUGAACCGGCGCCGCGCUUAUGUAACAAGGAUCCGCUGACUCUCAAAAUGGGCUCCUAUGUAAUCGAGCUAUUUCCCAAUGCUAAAUUCCUAUUCAUGGUGCGGGACGGACGUGCAACGGUUCAUUCGAUUAUAUCCCGCAAGGUGACAAUCACCGGAUUCGAUUUGAGCAGCUAUCGCCAGUGCAUGCAGAAAUGGAAUCACGCCAUCGAGCUAAUGCACGAACAGUGCCGCGACAUUGGCAAGGAUCGAUGCAUGAUGGUCUACUAUGAGCAGCUGGUGCUGCAUCCGGAGGAGUGGAUGCGCAAGAUCUUGAAGUUCUUGGACGUGCCGUGGAACAGUGCGGUGCUGCACCACGAGGAGUUCAUCAACAAGCCCAACGGUGUGCCGCUGUCCAAAGUGGAGCGGUCAUCGGACCAGGUCAUCAAGCCGGUCAAUCUUGAGGCGCUGUCCAAGUGGGUGGGCCAUAUACCCGGCGAUGUGGUGCGCGACAUGGCCGACAUUGCGCCCAUGCUCUCCGUGCUGGGCUACGAUCCGUAUGCGAAUCCGCCGGACUACGGUAAGCCAGAUGCAUGGGUGCAGGACAAUACAUCUAAGCUAAAAGCCAAUCGAAUGCUCUGGGAAAGUAAGGCGAAACAAGUGCUGCAGAUGGACACGGAUGAUAAUAAUAACAACAAUAAUAACAACAACAACAACAACAACAAUAACAAUAAUAAUGAGAAUAAUAAUAAUAAAAUAAUGACAGAGCAACAGCAGGCGGAUCAGGAACUGCAACAGGAGCAGGAACAGCAGAGGCCAAAGGAUGUCAUCACGAUAAAGCAGCUGCCGUCAAACUUCAACAGCAACAGCAACAGCCACAACAACAAGAACAGUAACAACAACAACAACAAUAAUAAUAACAAUGGCAAGCAAUAUGUCGGCGCACUUGAGGACACAUGAUAUCCGCAUAUACCCAUAAGAUUACCACGCGGCAAGCAUUGAGCUGACGACAACACACAGUAACAACAUCAACAACAACUAAAACAACAACAACAUCAACAGCGACAACAUCAGCAACAUCAGCAA